CGUGUGACGUCAUGUCGUUUAAUCCGGAAACGGCGGCGGCGGCAGCAGAGGCUACCGAACCGAGGGGCUGUUGGUGGUGGGGGCCCAAGGCUUCGGAAAGAAAGGGGCGUGACCCGGAAGCGGAAGCCCAUCGCUCUCUCGGCUCCGGUGAGUGGCCCCUGCUGGGCCGCAGGUCCCGGUUGGGCGGCAGCGUAGGAGGGCUUCUCGGCUAGGGGGUCGGAUGUCGCGCAGUCUGCCCGACCCUGCCCUCGUCAUCGAGGUCCCCACCUCUGCCUGCCCUCGCUAGGUCUGACGUCUGCCUCAGAUCUGCUGGUGGAGUCCUACCACUAUGGACCUGUUGUUUGGGCGCCGGAAGACGCCAGAAGAACUACUUCGGCAAAACCAGAGAGCCCUGAACCGAGCCAUGCGGGAGCUGGACAGGGAGCGGCAGAAGCUAGAAACCCAAGAAAAGAAAAUCAUUGCAGACAUCAAAAAGAUGGCCAAGCAAGGCCAGAUGGAUGCUGUUCGAAUCAUGGCGAAAGACCUGGUUCGUACCCGGAGAUAUGUACGCAAGUUUGUGCUGAUGCGGGCCAACAUCCAGGCUGUGUCCCUCAAGAUACAGACUCUAAAAUCCAACAACUCAAUGGCACAAGCCAUGAAGGGUGUUACUAAGGCCAUGGGCACCAUGAACAGACAGCUCAAAUUACCCCAGAUUCAGAAGAUCAUGAUGGAGUUUGAACGGCAGGCAGAGAUCAUGGAUAUGAAGGAAGAAAUGAUGAAUGACGCCAUCGAUGAUGCCAUGGGUGAUGAGGAAGACGAAGAGGAGAGUGAUGCUGUUGUGUCCCAAGUCCUGGAUGAGCUGGGACUGAGCCUCACAGAUGAGCUAUCAAACCUCCCCUCCACUGGUGGCUCCCUCAGUGUGGCUGCUGGUGGGAAGAAAGCAGAGGCCACAGCCUCAGCCCUGGCUGAUGCUGAUGCAGACCUGGAAGAGAGGCUCAAGAACCUUCGCAGGGACUGAACAACUCUCCUCCAAAGGAUGGACUCUAUGCCCAGGGUUUUCACCCUGUCCCCUCCAAAAUAAAGAAAUUUGGACAUAAA